CAUAUGGAGGUCAAAGGACAGCUUUCAAAAGUAGGUUCUUUCCUUCCAUUGUGAGGUCCAGAGAUUGAAUUCAGGCCUUCAUCAGGCUUGCUCAGUAUGUACCUGUAUGUAUCUAAUUGCCCUGUUAUAAUUUAUCAGUUUUACACAGUCAAGGCCAUUUUCUAACUAAUUCCUAAAGAGUGGAAGUCCCACACUUAAGCUGCUUGUUGAGAUAAAUAAAUGAAGGCAUAGUGAAAUGGCUGUCAUAGGUAAGUAACCAUGUCUUUUACAUUAGUUGGAUUCAUUUCUGGAUCUGGGGGCUGCCUCUGAAGUGUCAAGAGUGAUUGUGUCACUCAGUUGAGUACCAACAUCUACCCGAGUAGAAAGGAGGGGGAUCUUUGAACUUUUAUCUUCGAUUCUUCUGUGAUACUAUCAAGUGUAGUAAUGCUACAAAUAUGAAUAGGUCUUAAGUUGAAGAAGGGUUACAAACUUGUAAGGCACAAUUGAAUAUAUAACGGUAUGUGGGAAUGAAAUGAAUAGGCUUGGAUUCAGUUCUCUAUAGUUGUGUGAAGUAACAAGACAGCCCAAGAAACAGCAGAAUGGAAAAAUAAAAUCAGAUCAGUGGAGGAGCUCAUUGGGAAAGAGCAGUGUCCUGAAACUAAGGAACAGAGUGUCUCAGUGAGAGUACUAUGAGUACCCAUUUGGCAAUUUGGACUUUGUUAUUGUCUUAAUAGAGAUAGAAGUGAGUGUCAGAUUUCAAGAUACUGAGAAAAUGCUAAGUGAGGACACAGAGCAGGGGAGUGUUUUACAUUCUUUCUGUAUAUCUUGGAGAUAUGCGCGUGCAUCUUACAGCCAGCAUGGCCCUUAGAUUCUAGGCUAACGGGAAGAAACCAUUAGAGAAGGAUACCGCAAGGUCCAGGAGAGGAGAGUGGGUUACUUUUAUGCCUUGAUUUGCUAUAAAUUAUGAGUCAAGGAUCACAAGUUCACAUUUUUUUGGGUGCUCCAGUUGCUCCACUGAAAACGACAGUAUCACAGGGAACAGCUUCCUUAAUGUCCACUGCCAACGCCUGGGAAAAAGUCCGACUCUUCUAUAAACAGCAUUCCUUGUAUCUGAAGGCUGGAGAUCAGGAGUUUAAAAAUCUGGAAGACUGUCAAGUCCCCAAAGGUCUUGGCCCUCCAGGCCUUCUUAGUGGUGACGUUUUGACGACUUCUGUGAGGAGGUCUGCUCAGGUGGAUGAGGACUUUAAACAUUCUGCUUCCGAAGCACAGAGUGUGAAAUCCCAGGUUAACCUGAGUGAUAUGACUAGUGGACAAAUGUGUGGGCUUGGGGACGGAGUUCAGCAUUUACCCGAAGAAGAAAAAGAUCAAAAGCUUCAAUGUAAAAAUAAGAAAAUUACAGAUGAGCAGUCUAAAAAUCAGUCAGAUCCCUGCGUUCGGAACUUCCAAAGAGAUUUGUUUGCGUUAGACCUUAAGUGUGCAGCGAAACUGGAUCUGGGCUGUUGUACUGAACAGAUGAGUACAGGGACAAAGCCAGAGCCGACAGGACAUCGUGAAAGACAGAGUCAGGAGAGCUUCUCUGACACACGGUGUGAGCCACAGUCCGAGGGAGCAGUCAGGAAGGCCUCAGACCAGAGACUGUCUGCUGAAGCUGAAUUUCUCAGCGUACUGACCUCCAGCCAACGGGCUUUUCUAGCUCAAGGGAAUGAUAAAGGUCAGGACUGUAUAAAUAAGAGCACUGUAAAUAUGGAGGCAGAACCAACAGGAAGUCAGGGAGUCAGACGAACUGAAGGGGAUUUUAGUAAGCCUGGUGGAGAUUUCGAAGAAGAAUCUGAAAAUGAGCAAAGCCAAGUGUAUUCCCUGGAACUUUUUAGUCCUGUUUGUCCUGAAUCAGAAAGCAGUCACAGUCACAUAAACCCUGGAAAAAAUCUUGAAAACACAAGCUCUCAAGAACUUUUCAGUAAUGAAGAAAACCUGCCACCAAAUGAGUUGUGUAGCUCCCAUCCAAGUACCGCUAACAGGAGCUGGAGCUGUAAAGAUGAUUCCCACCAUUCUAAAGCUCUUUCUGAAGUCCAUCAGGUGUCCAAGAAGCCAAGGAUGGAUUCUAAUAUAAGAGAGGCAGCCAAAGCAGUGCCCCAGAGGGUCAUGUCUGAAUUAAAGGACAGUAAAAAAAUAUCAUUAAUAAAAAAUUGUGAUUCUAAAAAUCAGAAGUAUAACUGCUUAGUCAUGGUGCUAACCCCAUGUCAUGUAAAGGAAAUAACUAUAAAAUCUGGACCAAAUUCUGGUUCUAAAGUGCCAUUAGCAACGAUUGUAGUUAUUGAUCAGUCAGAAAUUAAGAAGAGGGUUGUUCUGUGGAGGACUGCAGCAUUUGGGGCACUUACAGUGUUUCUUGGCGAUAUAAUUUUACUUACAGACGUUGUUCUUUAUGAGGAUCAGUGGAUUGGUGAGACAGUACUCCAAUCAACAUUUACAAGUCAGUUACUAAAUCUUGGAAGUUAUUCAUAUGUCCAGCCUGAAAAAUAUUCCAAUGUAAUUGCCAAUGUUAUACUUCAGGACUUAUUGACAUAUGUGUCUACAAAACAUUCCUAUCUCAAAGAUCUGCCUCAGAGGCAGCCUCAGAAAAUGAACACUGUAGAGUUUGUGGAGUUGGAGCAGUUGCAGCCUGAUAUAUUAGUCCAUGCAGUACUCAGAGUAGUGGAUGUCACUGUAUUGACAGAGGCAUUAUAUAGUUAUAGAGGACAGAAGCAAAGAAAAGUUGUGUUAACCGUGGAACAGGCUCAAGGUCAACACUAUGUGCUUGUAUUAUGGGGUCCUGGAGCAGCCUGGUAUACUCAGCUUCAAAGGAAAAAAGAUUCUAUUUGGGAAUUUAAGUACCUUUUUGUUCAGCGGAACAGCAUACUAGAAAACUUAGAAUUACAUACAACACUGUGGUCUUCCUGUGAAUGCCUAUUUGAUGAUGACACAAGAGCAAUUUCAUUUAAAACAAAAUUUCAAAAAAAUACAUCCUCCUUUGUCAAGAUAUCAGACUUAGCGACUCACCUAGAGGAUAAAUAUUCAGGAGUGGUUCUGAUUAAAGCCAAGGUUUCAGAGCUGGUGUUUUCUGCUGCAGCAGCUCAGAAGAUAGCUUUGAAUGCUCGCAGCACUCUGCAGAGCAUCUUCUCCUCUCUUCCCAGUAUUGUGUAUGCUGGCUGUGCACACUGUGGGUCAGAACUAGAGACAGAUGAGAACAGGAUCUACAGACAGUGUCUGAGCUGCCUGCCAUUUGUUGGGAAAAAAAUAUUCUAUAGGCCGGCUUUAAUGACCAUAGUUGAUGGAAGAUAUAAUACUUGUGUCCAUGUUGGGUCAAAGAUGAUGGAGCAGAUUCUUCUCAACAUUUCUCCAGAUUGCCUCAACAGAGUAAUAGUGCCUUCCUCAGAGGUCACCUACGGCAUGGUCGCCUCAGACCUGCUCCAUUCCUUGUUGGCUGUCAGUGCUGAGCCUUGUGUGCUGAAGAUCCAGAGCCUUUUCGAGUUGGAUGAGAACAGCUACCCACUGCAACAGGAUUUCUCCCUACUCGAUUUCUGCCCUGACUCACGUAAGCUGUGGAGCCCAGGACUUUCUCUAAGGGCAGAGGGCACAGGAGGCAUUCCUGGGAAGGAGUGAUGAAACAAUCUGUCUUUUGAAGAUGCAUUUAUUUUUAUUAUAUGUAUGUAAAUGUUUUGCCUGUGUAUGUCUGUGUACCAUGUAUGUACCUGGCACCCACAGAGGCCAGGAGAGGGUGUUAGAUCCCGAGACUAGAGUAAUAGAUGGUUGUGAGCCGCCGUGUAGAUUUUGAGAAAAUGCUCUUAACUGCUGAGCCAUCCAACCCUAUGAUCUAUCUUUUGAAAUGAAAUGACAGGGAUUUUGCUUAGAGUUUUUAAAAUAGGUAAUUUAUUAGCAUAAUAUAAUUGUGCUAAAUACAUAAUUUUUUAAAGAAAA